AUGGCUCCUGGGAAUUGGAGCCAGCAGUACAGAAUCUGCAGUAUCAAAUCACUUAAUCCUUAUAAAAGUCUAGAAAAAUACAGGGAAAUUCACAAACUGUCCCUACUGCAGUUCCCAUUAAUUUCUUUUUCUACUAAUUUCUCUUUAUAUCUUCCAGGGAAGGAAUAUAGUAAAGCUGACAGCAGAUAUAUGAUAUCAGAUAAUUUCAUAGUUUGCGUGGAAACCAUCAAUGCCUGUUUUUGGGGUCCCCUCAGUCUUUGGACUGCAGUCGCAUUUCUUUCACGCCAGUCCCAUCGAUACGUGUUGCAGCUAGUGGUGUCAGUAGGUCAACUAUAUGGUGACGUUCUGUACUUCUACACUGAAUACCGUGAUGGCUUUCGCCAUGGUGAGAUGUGGCACCCUACCUACUUCUGGUUUUACUUUGUCUUUAUGAAUGGUCCGUGGAUUAUCAUUCCCCCUAUUCUCAUCUGGGAUGCCUGGAAGCACCUCAGUGCUUGCCAGAGAGUAAUGGAUGCCAACAAGGUCAAGAAACAUUGAUGUUUUGCA